AACGGUUUAAUUUUCCGCGUGUAAAAUCUAACUCAUUUCGUCAAAUAGCUUGUUUAUGCCGGUGCUGUACCUACAUGUGUGUUCGAAUGCCAUAUUCCCCAUAACCAUCUGUUUUCACACUCAACGUGGCUAUCUAGGAAUGGACAAAAUCAUUAACACUUAAUCUCCUGAAACAGUCAUAACUCAUUUAGAAUUAGAGUUCUGAGACACUGCUACGAUGCUAAUAAGGGCCUUUUUUGUGUGUUUUUGACGACCGUUAACAAUCUCGCGUCAUACAAGCCAUCAGCCCUAUUUAAGCAAAAAAUCCGUGAAUUCUUGUCAUUGUGUGUAUAGUUUUUGAGCUGUUAGUGGCUCAUUAGUUUUUUGGUUUCGUCCGAAGUCAGGACGCUUCGACGCUUCAGUUAAAGUUCUUUGUGUUCGUGCUAAAAUCUCACGUAAUAUUACACGUGAGUCCGAGGGAUAUAUUCCAAUCUUGACCAUUUUUCGACAACAGCAACCCCCAGCAGGCUGGAUACCGGCUGUUCAUUGUUCAUCUUUAAAGUCGCCGCAAGACGACUAGCCAUCCACCCUUCAAACAUAAGGUCAGUCAGUAAUUUAUUUUGUGUCGCGUGCCAUCUAAAUAAACAGAUGAGGCACUUUGAGUUGUUUGAUCUGAAAUCGUGUCAAUGACCUAUUGAGUGUUAGGAGAUUCCUUUACGUGAUUAAAGAACUUUCUUAAUUUUUGCAAAUAUAGUUCCAUUGUGAACUAUUAACGGACAAUUUUUUUAUUUAAAACAUUUUUUUGUGUAUUUUUUGUAAAUAUAUAAAUAAUAGGUUAUUGUAGAGUAAAACGAAACAUGAAAAGCUUUUUAUUGGUUUCACAGUGGACAAUGGUCUAAUUAACUUCAUUCAUAAAAUUUAGCUUAUUUAGACAUUAUCUUUCAUUUUUUUAAAGUUUCUUAAAUAUUGCGUUUGAUCAGUUAGUACAAUUAGAGACCACGGUCCCAUUAAUAGGAUAGUAUACAUAAUGCAUGAUAUUCUGUAAACACCGUCAAGAGUAGGGACAUGUAAUAUAUUAUAAUAUAUAUUAAAACUAUUUAGUAUCGUAAAUAAAGUUUUUUUGAGAUUUACUAUUUUUUAUGAAGUCCAGUAUAAGUUCCUUAUUUUUAUGUGUAUAUUUUUUUGUGUAUUUUUUUACAGGUAUGUUAUUUUUAUAUUUAUGUAUUUCCUUUAUAAAUUUAGUGGUAAAAAUUUAAACGGCGCCCAACUUCUAGUCUUAUGUAUUCCGUAUCGUUUGUCUUGUCUUAGCCUCAUCUCAAUCUCCCAGCUACCCUAUUUUAAGAUCUGAAUUCGAACCCCCCCAUUUUUACGCUCCCGACUCUGAGCAACGAGGUCCUUGGAUAAUCCUGGUGUUCGGUCCAGCACGUCAUCACAUGAAGUGAUUUCUUUGUCCGUUACACUUAUGGCGCACCAACGCUCUGGGCUUUUCCUUAACCAUCUUUUCUAAUUGUCCUUUUGUCAGAGAGUUGAGGCUUGUUUCAUAAUACCUAAUUUUCUCCCGUAUUUACUCGAUCAAGGUAUCGUCAAAUCCAGUCACGCAAAAUGGAUAAAUCCAUUGUAGCGUACCUAAAGAAGGAAGAAGUAGAGUACGAACUUAAAAUUCGUGGUACAAAAUCACGAAGACAAUGCAGUGACAAAAAGAGCAUGUUAAAAAAGCUCAUACAAAAAGGAUCACCAAUUGAUUUGGAAAAUAAUCCGCUAAAUUUUGCAGAAGAAAAAACAGAAAUAGAGAGAACUAUAGCUGAUAUUACCCAGAUAGUCGAGCAAUUUGAAGGAAAUGUAAAUGACUCGACAUACAGAAGAGCUAAAGCCCUUAGUACACAUGUGUCACUAAGAAUUGGCCGAAUGCCAAUAGACAUCACAAUAGAAGAUCAAGUAGAAUUUAAGGACGAAAUAUCAGCCACCUGUCUUCUACUGGAAAGCCAGUUAGACGAAAAAAUUAUUCCCAACGAUAAUAACGAAGUCAGGAGUGUAGAUACUACUUCUGCCUCUGUUUCUAGUUUUGCCCCUCCUAUAGUUCAGGUAACAACUCCAAUCAACCUCUCCGAUUGGAAUAUUAAAUUCUCCGGUGAUCCUAAAUCCGUGUUUACAUUCCUUGAAAAGGUUCAGGAUAUUGCGGAGUCUCGCAAAGUCGACGAUGACGUUCUGUUUAGGUCUGCUAUAGAAUUAUUUUCUGGUAGUGCAGUUACUUGGUUUCGCAGUGUCCGAGAUUCUCUUUCCAGUUGGUCUCAAUUAAUAAAUUUAAUUAAAGCUACCUUCCUGCCACAUGAUUACGAAGAAGAGCUUUGGCAGCAAAUUAAGAAUAGAAAGCAAAAGAGAAGUGAGUCGUUCAUUCUCUAUCAGGCUCAGAUCUUAACGCUUGCCAAACGUCUUCCUUUCCGCCCAUUAGAGCAGACACUUGUAAAAUACAUGCGUCAAAACAUACUGCCCGAGUAUGUCCCGAUGAUAGCGCUGCAGGAUACUAACACUCUAGGAGAGUUAGCGCUUAUCAUAAAAAAGCUCGAGAAUAAUGUCCCAUCAGUAUCUACAAGGAAAGAUAAUCCACAUAUUUCCGUUGUCAGCGAGAAAAAUGUGACUCCUAAAAGAAAAUCCCCCCAAAAUAAGCCCAAUAUUCCACCUCCCCAGGUAAACCAAUCUAGAGUGCUUACCUGUUGGAAUUGCCACGAGGAAGGCCAUCGGCAUAGCUUGUGCAAUAAAGACCGCCGUGUAUUUUGUUUCCGUUGUGGCUUAGAAAAUGUGAUUGCUCCCAAGUGUCCGAUUUGCAAAAAAAACUAAUUGCAGGAACAUUUCGUGUUGGUAAAUCCGUUCCACUUUCUUAUAUAAAAUCCAACACCUGUCAUAACAGAAAUUCCGUAGUGUAUAGUAAACAAUCCCAAGAUUGGAAUAGAUACUUAGAAAUAGUUAAGAGUUUUUAUAGUAGUACCCCUAAUCCGAGACAUGUGUCGUCAUUAGCCAUUUCGAAACCCUUAGGCAAAAUAGAUAAUAGGCCAUAUCUCACUGUAAAUAUCUUUUCACGCGACUUUGUUCUGUUAUUAGACACCGGCUGCUCCACAACGGUGGCGGGUAAAGAAGGGCUUGAAUUCUUACAAUUAAAUGAUGUUAAAAUUAGCAAAUUAUCAGAUAAAAGCGUGAUUCUGGCAGAUGGCUCUACUAAGUCAGUAAUCGGCGUAGUGGACCUGCCCAUUGUUGCAAAUAAUGUGUGUAAAGUAAUUAAAUGUCUUAUAGUGCCUUCGUUGUCAUACUCGUUUAUCUUAGGUAGCAACUUUGCUAAUAAAUUUUCGUUGGUAAUCGAUUUUAAAAACAAUCAAUGGGACACUAAUGAGUCAAACAAAGGUUUAGAUUUAUCUGGUUCAGAUCCAUUUAAGUAUCUCUGUUCAAUUGAGUCCUUAAACCCCCCUUCUCGUUCUAUUGCCGAAAAAAUUAUUAAAGAAUUCGAUGUAGUUAGUAGCGCUGAAAACAUAGGUAGGACUAAUAAGAUUCAGUUAACCAUUGAUACAGGAGAUUCAAAACCAUUUAAGAGACGUCCCUACCCUUUGUCCCCCUAUAUGUCAGAUAUUCUUAACAAGGAGUUAGAUGAAAUGUUAAAGCUAGGAGUCGUCGAACCUUCUAAUUCGCCGUGGUGUUCGCAAGUCCUGUUAGUGAAGAAGAAAAAUGGCGAAUUCCGAUUUUGUUUUGAUGGUCGUCCACUUAAUGAGAUCACCCGUCACGAUUCCUACCCCUUGCCCAACAUUGACCGAAUUCUUUCUC